GGGGCAGCGCGGCGGGGGCGGCCGCCAUAUUGGGGAGCGCUGGGGCCGGCGGAGACUGACAGGAGGAGGCGGAGCGGGGCCGGGCCGGGCCGGGCGGGCAGCAGACAAAUUGCACGUUUGACUUCAUGAUCAUAAAUUCCUGAGCCUGCUGAACCCCCCAGCCCCUCUGCUUUCCACCAUGGACCAGGAUUACGAGAGACGGCUCCUACGCCAAAUCAACAUCCAGAAUGAAAACACAAUGCCUUGUGUAGCAGAGAUGAGAAGAACCCUGACGCCUUCAAAUUCUCCGAUGUCUUCUCCUAGUAAGCAUGGGGACAGAUUCAUUCCCUCAAGAGCUGGGGCCAACUGGAGCAUCAACUUCCACAGAAUAAAUGAAAACGAAAAAUCACCAAGUCAAAACAGAAAAGCAAAGGAUGCAACAUCGGACAAUGGCAAAGAUGGGCUUGCUUACUCUGCCUUGCUGAAGAACGAACUCUUAGGAGCAGGGAUUGAGAAGGUGCAAGACCCACAGACAGAAGACAGGAGGCUGCAGCCAUCCACCCCAGAGAAGAAGUCUCUCUUCACUUACUCGCUCAGCACAAAGCGCUCCAGUCCAGAUGAUGGCAACGAAGUCUCGCCCUAUUCCCUGUCUCCCGUCAGCAACAAAAGUCAGAAGCUGCUAAGAUCACCUCGAAAACCAACUCGGAAAAUCUCAAAGAUUCCUUUCAAAGUGCUGGAUGCCCCAGAGCUGCAGGAUGACUUCUACCUGAACCUGGUGGACUGGUCCUCUCUUAAUGUCCUCAGCGUUGGCCUUGGGACUUGUGUUUACCUAUGGAGUGCUUGUACCAGCCAGGUAACCCGACUGUGUGAUCUGUCUGUGGAAGGAGAUUCUGUAACGUCUGUGGGCUGGUCAGAACGGGGGAACUUGGUAGCCGUUGGCACUCACAAGGGCUUUGUACAGAUCUGGGAUGCAGCUGCAGGAAAAAAGCUCUCCAUGCUGGAGGGACACACGGCCAGAGUGGGUGCCCUGGCGUGGAACGCAGACCAGCUCUCCUCCGGGAGCCGCGACAGGAUGAUCCUUCAGAGGGACAUCCGCACCCCACCCCUGCAGUCGGAGCGGCGCCUCCAGGGCCACAGGCAGGAGGUCUGUGGGCUCAAAUGGUCCACGGACCACCAGCUCCUGGCCUCUGGAGGAAAUGAUAAUAAGCUCCUUGUCUGGAAUCACUCCAGCCUGAGUCCUGUCCAGCAAUACACAGAGCAUCUCGCAGCAGUAAAAGCCAUCGCCUGGUCUCCGCACCAGCACGGGCUCCUCGCCUCCGGCGGAGGGACCGCCGACCGCUGCAUCCGCUUCUGGAACACGCUGACGGGGCAGCCCCUGCAGUGCAUCGACACCGGCUCCCAGGUCUGCAACCUGGCCUGGUCGAAACACGCCAACGAGCUGGUGAGUACCCACGGAUACUCGCAGAACCAGAUCCUCGUUUGGAAAUACCCCUCAUUAACUCAAGUAGCAAAACUCACGGGGCACUCGUACCGAGUCCUAUAUCUGGCGAUGUCCCCUGAUGGGGAGGCCAUAGUUACAGGAGCUGGGGAUGAAACCCUGCGUUUCUGGAACGUCUUCAGUAAAACUCGCUCAACAAAGGAGUCUGUAUCCGUUCUCAACCUCUUCACCAGGAUACGAUAAACCCCAUACACUGCGGCCCAGGAGACCACGGCCUGAUGGAGCAGGACAAAACCAGUACCUGGGUGUGCAUGGAACCCCAACCAUCAGCCAGAAGGGGAGGGAGAGCUGGGCCUGGAGGCCGGACCCAGCAGAUGCUAAUUAAAUACGUGCUUGUGAACCCCACUGGGCAGUAUUUGGGCUGGGGCUGGGGAGGGGGGGGAACAGCCAAAGGUUUACAGAUUCAUCCUUCAUAAAGGGAAACGGGUACAAGAGAAAUGUCAAACCAGCAUCCUCCAACCCUCCUGUUGUAAACUGGAGCAAACCUGUGUGACACGGACCACUGAGACCGGACCAAGGCCACCCCAGCCGCUGCGGUGUCCCCUCCCGGGAGAGAUGAGAGUGUCCUUCCCCCUGUCCUGUCCUCGGACGGCACCUCUGGAGGUAGGAGCCAGCCAGGCCUGUUCAGCACGACCGGGGCAGGGAGCCCAGACUCUGAGAACCUGAGGGCAUUGCUCACAGCCUGGCAUCCCCCGUAUGUGAAGAAACUGGAGAACUGCUUAUUUUCUUUAAUUUUUAUUUCAUUUUCCUUUUCUUUUUUUUUUUUGCUUUCCAAAUGGGUACUGUAGUACUUCAUACAAUCAUUCCCGAAAGACAGUUUGAUUUUUUUUUGGGUGUGCUUGACAGCUGCCUCCCAACAAAAACGCAUUUUGGGGCUCUAAACUUUGGAGGAGACUUGAAGAGGCUCCGCCUCCGAGGGAGCACCCGCAGGAAGGUCUGAAAUGGCUGUUGCAUGUUCUGGGCUGAUCCUUCCAGUUAACGGAGAGGAAAAAGAAUGGCUUUAACACAAAACCCACCCACCACCACCCACCGCUGGGCGUGCGGAGCUCCCCGGGUGCCGGUUGUGUGAGGGGCUGGGUGCUCUGGGGUCUCUUCCCGAGGACAAAGGCAGUUGAGAUGUGUUUUAGAAACAGAACAGCUCCCGUGGAUCUGUGGUUUUUGGGGAGCCUGUGGCCUCUUCUGGCUGGAAGGGGGGAGGCACCGUGGCUGGGCAAGGUGUGGGGGGGUUCUUUUUCUAAAGCAAGGAAAAAGCGUUGCUUUUGUUUGUUUGUGGGUUGGUUUUUUUUUUUUAUCUCCAAGUCAAAGCCAGGGACCUGUUGUCGGGUUUUUUUGUUUUGGUUUUGGGUUUGUUUUUUUUUUAAGUUGUAUGGAA